AAAAAAAUAACUUAGAGAAAAUAAUGGAUCCUCAACAUCGUCUCCAUUUUUAAUUAGUCUUUCCUUUUAUUUGUUCUUGUAAGCCUAUAAAUAAAGGCUCUCGUUUUUCAUGUUUUGUAUGCAAGAUAUAUUCAAUGUAGUCUUUAAUUUUCAACAUGGUAUCAGAGCAGAGUUAUGAUCCUUGAAAACUCUGUUCUCCAAUCUCAAACCAAAACCAAAACCAAAACCAAAAUCGUUCAACCAAAAUCAACUUCAAAUCUUCUUCGCCACGAACCAUCCAAUCGAAAUCAGAAAAAACCAAAAUCAAAUCAAAACCUAAACCCCGAAAUCGAACCUGAAACCCCGCUGAACUUCGCCGCCGCCGCAUCCACUGCCGCCGCUGAAAACCCUAGGGUUUCGCCGCAAUCUCCGUCAAUCGCAACAGGAAAAACAAUCAAUUGAAUCAAAAUAUUCACCGGAAAACAUUCAAUCAGAGAUGUCGAAGAAGAACAACUUAUCUCUUAGAAAAAAGCAGUAUGAAUUCGAGCUUCAAAGAGAAAAAGAAGAGAGAGAUAAGAAGGCGAAGAAGCUGGAAGCUAGCAAGAACAAGAAGAAGGGUAGUGGUGGAUUUGCAGUAGGGAAGAAGGUGCGAGCCUCUGAGGUUAAGCAGAUUAUUCAUGAUCUUCGUAAAUGGAGACGGUUCCAUCAUGCAUUGGAGGUUUCAGAGUGGAUGAACAAGAAAGGUAUUCGUGCAUUUACACCUACAGACCGUGCAGUGCAGUUGGACCUAAUUUGCAAAGUCAAAGUAGGCAAAGGCUCCCUUUCUUUUAAAUAA